GGAGUAUAGGCGCGCUGUAAGGGGGAAAGAGAGGCAGAGGGGAAAGAGUCCCCCUCGGAGGGGAGCCAGCGGGGCUGAGCUGGCUGGAAAGAGGAGGCGGAGAGCGCCGAGCGAGAGGAGCGGCGGCCGCCGCCGUUGCCGCCACUGUGGUGUACGCUGAGCGGGCGGGAGGAGGGGAGGGACACCCAGGGGUGGCCGCCGUCGGGCCAGCGCGACCCACGGCCCCUGCCGGAGCCUCGCUAGCUUUCCGAGGCGGAAGAGGAGGAGGAGGAAGGGGCUUUGAGUGAGUUGGGGGGAUGCCGAGGAGCGGUCAGUUGCCUGCACCCAACAUCUCCGAGCCCUUAGUGCGUCCGCCCCGCAGGGCGGCGAGCUAGGCGGAGGCGCGGCGAGGGCUCCGUGAAGCGGCCCAUGUCCGGCGCGGGUGAAGCCCCCGCUCCCGGGCCCCAGCUCGGGGCCGAGGCGGGCGGUGGCCGGCUGGGCGCCGCGGCCCAGGAAAAAUGUGAUAAAGAAAAUACUGAGAGAGAUAUAACUCAAGCCACUGAUAGCUGCUUCACACAUGGAGAGAUGCAAGACCAGUCCAUUUGGGGAAAUUGCUCGAAUGACGAACUCAUCAGAACCCAACCUCAGCGCUUGCCUCAGCUUCAAACUGCAGCACAGGAAGGUGAGGAGGAAAUAAGCAAGAUAAAGAACGGCCACCCAAGUCUGAGCAAUGGAAAUGGAAUCCACCACGGGGCCAAACAUGUAUCUGCAGAGAAUCGAAGACUUUCAGCACCCGUUUCUCAAAAAAUGCAUAGAAAAAUUCAAUCCAGCUUGUCUGUAAACAGUGACAUCAGUAAGAAGAGUAAAGUAAAUGCUGUCUUUUCUCAAAAGACAGGCUCUUCACCUGAAGAUUGCUGUGUCCACUGUAUCCUGGCCUGCCUGUUCUGUGAAUUCCUGACCCUCUGCAAUAUUGUCCUGGGACAAGCUUCGUGUGGCAUCUGCACCUCAGAAGCCUGCUGCUGUUGCUGCGGAGAUGAAAUGGGAGAUGACUGUAACUGCCCUUGUGACAUGGAUUGUGGCAUCAUGGAUGCCUGUUGUGAAUCAUCAGACUGUUUGGAAAUCUGUAUGGAAUGCUGUGGAAUUUGUUUUCCUUCGUAAAUAUUUAUCUUCUGUUUGCAUUAAAACUGGAGAGUGUUUUAAAAUUUUUCUUUUAAGGGGAAAGGAAAGCACAUGGUAAGAUUCUCAUCAAACAAUCCAGUAUUUGCACUGUUAACUCAUUAUUUUAGGAAAUCUCUGAGAGCCUUUUUUUUUCCUCUAACCAAAUCUACAUGGUUUAAUAUGUGAAAUUUUAACUACUUUUAGACUUCUUAAUAGGUUACAAUGACUGAGGGACAUUUUGGCAAAACAGAAAGAAAGGAAGGGAGGGAGGGAGAGAGGGAGGGAGAAAGAAAAAGAAAAAGACAAAAUGUCUCCUCCUUUUUAUACUUAUUUCUAUUUCUUUUAACCAUUCUUAGGAGCCCCUUGCUCCAAAUGUAUUAUUUCUCAGUGGUUAUUUAAAUCAGACAAUUUAUUUGUGAUGUUUAUUAAUGGCUAAACGUAAGUAUUCUUUAAACUUUGGGAAACAAACCCACACAGUUGUUGGGGACCCAGUGUUCAUCUCCAUGCUGUGUUCUCCACUCGCUCAGCAAACACUGAGUGCCUACUGUGUGUAAUCUCCUGCUGCAACACAGAGAUGGAUGUCAUUCAGCUCCAAUCCAGAGGAGCACAGGAAAGUUGAGAAGAGGAAAGAGACCUGUAAAGAAUAAACCAGCCCACAAGGCAUAUUGAAGUGAAGAUUAUGAGAGAGAGAAACUCAAAAGGCUAUAGGAAUACACAGAAAGGAAAGCUAAUGUCUACUGGAAUAUUCAGAAGGCUUCAAGGAGAAUGUGGCAUUUGAAGGAGGCCUCUUAGGAUGAGUGAUUCAUCUGCUGCUUGAAUGAAUUAGAUUUAGGACCAAGUUUUAGGUGACUAGCCCGAGCUGUGUGUGCCCUUGAGCAUUUAGAAGAAAAACGCCUUAAGUAGGUAUUUUCUUUUUUUAAACUAUAAAAUUAACUAAUAAUAUGCAUUUUUUACAUAAUUUAGAUGUUAUGAUAAAGUUUUGAUUAAAAACAAUGCUUUAGUAAAAUAUCUAUAUUUUUUAAAGAACGUGGAAUACUUUUGAAAAGUUGUACUUAAAUUAGGAGAUUUUUUAAUAUUAAAAUCUCAGCAUUCUGAUUUUGAUUUAUUCAAAAGCUUUUCUUUUUGAGAGCUUUAAGUCUUUUGCGGGGGGGUUGUUAAGAAACAAACCGAACCCCCCCCCCACCAAUAUUUAUAAACACAGUUAAUCUUAAAUGCAAACCAUUCUUUCCAAUUCAGUGGGAAUCUUGACAUCCACUACUAUGACCGAAUUUCGGUACUGCAACUUUAUAUUAAAUUAAACCAUUAUGGCAGGUUGUAAAUAUCCUUAAGUAUAAAGAAAUGAGUCAGAUACAAGACUUACUAAGUGUUAGCGACUUAGUAAGUUACAAAGUUACUAAUACAUAGAGACUUUGUGUGAUGCAGAUGAAAGGGAGAGUAAAUUUUCAUACUACCGGCUCUCCUACUAAGUUUGAUGUCCCCAAAUUGUAGUUUGGUUUGAUUUAAUGUAAUUCCUUGUAGAAAUUCUGAAAGUAUACCUUUGGAUGAAUAGUUAUUUUUGAUUCUUUCAGUUGAAUAUCAAAUUGAUAGUGAAAACAAAUGCAUACUUUUAGGAAGCCUUUUAGCAAAUUUAGGCUUUUAAGAAAGAUUUUAAACCUAAAGCAUGGGUAUGAGACCGAGGGUUUUUCCUUUGAGAUGAAACUUAGUUUCUACUUAUAUCAUUACUUAAAAGGUUUAAAAAAGGAAAAAAGUUAGCAGACUCUUGAAUCCCCCUUUCAGUGCUGUUUACACACACACACAUACACACAUACACACACACACACUGUUAAAUUGUCCGGUUUAAAUAGAGUUCUAGUAAACAGCUGUCUUUCGGUUCCUUGUCUAAAGAGCGUCUUUGAUGUAACAAAUGAAAUAUAAGAACAUCUUUCUACUAUUUCAUAGUAACCAGAGUCUGAGUAUUUACAUAUACCCAAAGUUAACAUAUGCAUAUAUAUUAGGAUGUGAGAGUAUCAACUUUAUAUUGACAUAUAAAACCUCCUAAUGACCUGGAAUCAUUAAAAUAUUAUACUUUUUGUCCUGCAAAAAUUUUCAGCCAAAUGGUUUGACUAAUAUUUAAGUGUAUUCUGCUACUAUUUGCGAUGAUGAUAUUAGCACUUUUAAAAUAAUGUUUCUCUGUAACAGAGAGCAUUAGUUGAUAGCAGAAUUUUAUUCUCAUAUUUAUAUUCAUAGUACUUUUGCUCUAUUGUCUAUUCUGCAGUCAUUCCAUAAAGUACCAUGUAUGAUUUUUAAAAAAUAAAUGAAAAAAACAAAAGUAGGCAAAUGUGAAAAUAGUUUCAAUAUGUAUUUUAGAAUUUCUGUAUGUAAAAUGUUUUGUUGAAUUAUAUGGCCAUCAUGACUAAGUGCUCUAGCUUACAGUUAUAGAUUUGGUCUCUUUUUAAAUGUGGAAACUUAAUCUUAAAUAUUUUUAAACUGGAUCUGUAUUAUCCCAAAUAUAUUAUUUUGAAAUUUAAAAAAUGACUUCUCUAUUGUUCUUUAGCCUAUUUUCAAUCUAAUUGAUACAUUGAUAUUUAAACGAAUUCAACUAUAAUUUAAAACCUUAAGCUUUUCUUUUCUCCUUACAUCCCUCUCUAAAGAUUUCCUAGUCUCAUUUUGUAAAUCACAUGACUCAUGCUCAUAAAUGAACUAUGAAAGAUUCAGAUCAGUUUAUACUGCAAAUCAUAGUUGACAAAUGAUUUCAAAACAUAGUUUUCUUUUAAAAAUUCACAAUAGAGCAAAAUGCAUGUUUUGUACUUUUUUUAGUACAUUGCUUUUACUCAUUUGCUUUGGAAUUAUCUCCCAACUUAUAAAAACUGUGGUAGGUUUUUUUUAAAUAUGUGUACUGAAAUUAAACACAAAGUAGCUGUGAAAUUGGGUAUUAACUUUAAUGAAUUUCACCCAAGAGUAAAUCAUCAGAAGUACUUUCAACUAGGGUCUUUAGUGUCACAAAUUUUAAGUAACAGGAAAUGUUUUACUGUUAGUAUUUAACCCCCCAAAUCACUUUAUUUAGGAGAAGACUUUUUACUUAGGAAUAUAAUAAUUUUAUUUUUGUGUUCUUAUAGUAUAUCGACUAUAUCCAUUUUCCUCACCUGAAGCAGUCAGUGCUUCUCUGAACAGUUCAAGGAGUAACCAAGACAACCUUAUGUAAUAACUUUUCAUUCUUUAUCCAUACAAACUCUAUCAGUGCCCUAGAUUCUAAUGUUAUAAACGUCAAACUCACUGCCUAACAUAAAUAAGACUUGAGUCCAGAGUCUCUGUGGCUUGCCUUCUUGAAUUCCAGUUUAAAUGCCUAGAUUUACCCAACCACCUAAUGAAUAAGUUUAUUUAUUAAUAAGAUUAUUUUUCAAAUUACUCAAGACCUUUAUGACCUUGCCAAUUACUUGUGAUUUGUAGGCCUGUAGGUUUAUUACAUCUAAUCUGACAGGCAAGAUAAAAUUUCAUCAGAUACUAUAAUAUCCAUUUUUCUCUUAUUUUAAUACUAAUAUAGGAAAGCAUACCAUUUUUGUUUUAAACAGCAGUUAAUACAGGGAUAGGGUUUAUUCUACACUAUAUUUUAAAAUCGAGGAUUAGGUACUACAAGGCAGUCUUUUUAACCCUUCAUCUCCAUGUCCCCUAUAACCAAUACAUUUAUAGUGACUAUUUUCUCUAAGCCCCUCAAGGGAGUCAAAAAACCCUCAGGAUGUUUCAUCCUAGGGAAGAAGUUUGGCACUUCCCGUGAGAAAACUGUUAGUUCCAACAGUGAGGCUACUGAUAUUUACUUGCUCAUUUCAGAUUACGUUUAGAGAUUCUGGUUCAAAUGGGAGGGGUUGUGGAGAGGGGAUACCGUUAUGAUGCAGCCCUAAUGUAGAGGGUGGUUUUUGCAAACACUGGCAUUGGUAACUAAAUCCACCACGUAUUUUCACACUGCAAAAUUCCCAGGGAACAAUGGCUGCUCCUCUACUUUAAAGGACUAUGAAUCAGUAUCAUCCGAAUGAUCAAAUUGUAAUAAAGUCAACCAGCAAUCUGUACGUGAAAAGGAUUCUAAGCAAAGCCACAUCUGAGCCUCACCUGGAAAGCAGGAUCUCUAUCUAGGCAAGCAGAAAUCUGCACCACCUCAUUCUUUAUCAAACUGGGACAACCAUGUGACAUCUUCCACUAGGGCAACAACUAUAGCCCCUAAGCUGCCAAAUGUCAACCUGAGUAGUUCCCUGCCUUCCAACUGAACAGCGGCCACUAGUUCCAAUUCUGUUGUUUGUCCAUUAUGUAUGCCCUUGAUCCCUCACCUCAGCCCUUGCUAAAAGAGAAUCUUGAAUUUAUUUGUGGGGUGACCAUGAAGAAAUCACUUUAGAUAACCAUGCCUGGACAUAUUACCAACAUCGAGUAUAGCUAUAUGUGUUAAAGACAAAGUAUAGCUCUGCAAUUAAGUGUUCACUUUCAGGCAGGUCUUUGUUUGAGGUUCAGUGGAGAAUGUAAUUAUUAGGAAAAUAGUGAAAAGCAAAUUCAAACAAAUUCUAAGUUUAGCUUGAAAAACUGAAAAGGUUCUUAAGUUCUGUCUGAUGCAUAAAGGGGUAGAAGCAAAGGAAUUACAUUCCAAAGCCAAGAAAGAGGGUGUACAAAAGCAGCUGAUCCACUUGACAUAGUUCAUAGCCUUUUGCAAAGGAAUAAAAGCCCGUUGAGCAGGGAACCAAAAGAUCUCAUUAUAGGAUGAAGCCAAGCCAUAUUAAAGCUUGUGCACUAGUAACUAUGUCUAAAAACAGCCUGCUGUUUUAUAUUGAACCAAUACAUUUCUUAACUUGGUAGGUUGCAGUGUAAAGAUGUACAGAGCCUGUCUGCUGGAUGCUAUGCCAAUUACAGAUGUGGCGGAGUGGUGUCAAACACCUACAAAUAGUUAGGAUCUCAAGCAAUCUUAGAGAGAAACAAAAGAAGUGUUAAAAUGUCAUCUCAAAACCUAGAUAGCACAGUUCAUCAUAUGUGUCUGACUCUCAGAGUCUCGAGAUCACCUUUAUUAUAUAAUUUAAUGUGGACGUCAUAUGAUCCCUCAAUCAGAAUGCACAAUUCUUUCAAGGACAUGAAUAGUGCCUGAAAGAUAAGGAGAAUAUCUUUUAAAAGUAACACCUUCAGAUGACAAGGCACCUGUGAUCAGCUCUGCAGGAACUGCGUUUUAUUGGUGUUGAGGUGAAGGAGGAGGGAAAUGCCCAUGAAUACAUAUUAUAUUAGAUUUUGUUAGAUCAUCAGAAAGAAUAAUUGGGCAUAUUUACACAAUUACAUUUUAGUAAACUAUUACGCCAGCUUAACGAUAAUACAUAUUCUGGUAAAAGUACAUUAAAUGGCAAUCCUAAAGCAAUUUGGCCGCUGAGGACAUUAUAUUUUUUUAUCUAAUUAUUCACAAAUUAAUGAAUAAAAUUAAAUUCAAAUCACUGAAGAAAAUGAAGCAAUGGUGAGAAUCAGAACUACAGAUUAGUUAAAGCAAAGAUAUGCAAUGCAUAACAGAAUUAAAGCAUUUCUUUUAUUCAAACUCGGUGCUUAAAAAAGAACAAAUCCAUCAUCUUGAAAUUUGACUUGUAGCUUGACAUUAAAAAUAAUAUGAGUAGAAUUUUCAGUGGGGUAAGCACAAAACUAGUUCAAGUUGUGUCACUCUCAAUUACUGUACUCAGGUGGUGUGCCCAUUAAAAUUCCCACUUGUGGGUUCCGCUCACUAUGCAAAUGGGGUCAUUACCUGGAGAAUUUAAUUGGUUAUGACACUGGGAGUAGGACUUCUCCUUUCAAAAUAAACCUACUUACACAUAUUUUCACUAGAAAUUUGAUUGUUAUAUAUACUUUGGAUUGUUUUGCCCUAUAAAUAUUU